AUGCUCAUUUUGAUUCGCCGACGCAAUUCGCCAUCCACCUCCUUUACGAAGACUUGCUGGUUGAAGUUUCGCCGAUUCACAGACCUGCACAAUCCUCGCUCAUACCACGCUUAUAGGAUUUACCGUGAACUUGGCCCAGGCCAACGAAUAUCCCUUGCCAAAUUGGCUACAGAGCAACUCGAAAACACAGGCAGGCCGCUGCGCAUUGCUAUUGACAUCGCGAUCUGGCAGUUUCAGACACAAGCCGCGCGAGGUGGAACGAAUCCUGCCAUCAGAACUCUAUUCUAUCGCCUACUUCGACUUCUGAGUCUUGGAAUACAACCCAUUUUCGUCUUUGACGGGCCUCACAAACCGGCCUUCAAGCGCAACAAGCGAUCUGGCAGAGGAGAUGGAGUUGCCACGGCCAUGGCAAAGAGGGUUAUUCGCCUGUUCGGCUUUCCCUUACAUGACGCACCAGGCGAGGCGGAGGCUGAAUGCGCCCUACUACAGCAGCGGGGAAUCGUAGACGCCGUUCUGAGCGAGGAUGUCGACACCAUAAUGUUCGGCUGUACCCGAACCCUACGCAACUGGACGGCAGAAGGAACCCGAGGGGCCAAAACACCAACCCAUGUCAGCUUGUACGAUGUUGACGAACUGCUGUCUGCCGGGACCGGCUUGGAUCGGGAGGGCAUGGUCCUGGUCGCAUUGAUGAGUGGGGGCGACUACAUCCCUGAAGGCGUACCCGGCUGCGGAGUGAAACUGGCCUGCGAGGCGGCGAAGGCCGGAUUCGGUAAAUCACUAUGCCGCCUCAAAUUCGACGACGACGUUGAAUUGGAAGAGUGGAGAGCGAAUUUACGAGAUGAGCUGCGUACCAACAAGAGUGGAUUCUUUAGAGUACGACACAAAGCGCUGUCCAUCCCGGACGAGUUUCCGAGCCGACAUGUCCUGAGGCACUACACCCAUCCUGUUGUUUCCUGUGCAACUACAGUAGAGAAGUUGGAGAAGGAAAUCAUCUGGAGCCGACCGGUAGAUGUGCAAGGCCUUCGGUAUUUCGUCGAGGAAACAUUCGACUGGGUAAACAGAAUUGGUGCUACCAAGCUCACGCGGGUUCUGUCUCCCGGCUUGCUAGUAAGCAAAUUGCUGGACAGACACAUGUCCAGCAAUACAGACAGCCAAACUAUAGAGGUUACGGGGCAGGUGAAGUCGGAUUUGAUAAAACGCAUCACUGGAAGGCGGAACCACCAUAGCACUGACGGGAUACCAGAGCUACGCGUGGCUCACAUCCCAGCCGAUAUAGUUGGCCUGGACCUAUCACAGGAAGCGGACGGGGUCAUGACCUAUGACCGUCAGGGGCUGGCGCUGAACAGUGACGAUGAGUUCGUGGCAGUCCUGGAUGGCGAUGCCGAGGCAACAAAUGGCCGAACUAGGGCAAAGAGCACUUUUGACCCGACGCUCGUUGAGUUGAUUUGGCUGCCAGAAUCGCUUGUCAAGCUAGGCGCACCUCUGACGAUUGAGGACUGGGAGGAGAAGCAGCGCUCCAAGGUUCUGUCUCGGGCCCCGCGCAAGACAACCAAGACCACAAAGGUCAACAACAUGAAGUUCGCCAGGGGCACACCACAUGAAGCAGACGCUCUUGACAAGUGGAUGCAAACCACCCAGACCGCUGCGACAACAUCCGGCGCAAAAUCACGAGUUAGGGGCCUUGACGGCAGUGAUAUCGGGUUGUCGCCACUCAGUCAACCGACGAUUCGCAGCCCCAGUUCACCAGACCAUCCCUCAUCACAACUGCCGACUCAUUUACAGAGUUCGGUCAAUCGAAGUAAGCAAUCUAGAUCCAACGGGAAGGCCACGGCCGCCGCAGAACCGACCGGGCACAGAAACCCAUGGGCAUCCGCUGGCUCACAACGUAUGCCUAGAAUUACAAAGUCUCAACAGUCCACGGAGCCGAUCGUUUUGUCAUCUAGCCCCAUGCGUCCGUCACCUGCGGCUGCUUGUUCGCCGAUGAACCCUCUGUCAUCAAAACACGUCGUAGACUUAUCUAGCACCGAUGAAGCUUACGUCUUCGCGCCGUCUAAGCCGCCCAAACCAACCGUACCGUCCCUUCAACAGGUGGCCUUGUGCAAACACCAGUCUAUUAAGACCAGGCCAACAAAAGGAUCCCCAGCACUUUCUAGCACACCGCCUCAUGGCAAACUAUCCAUGAAGCAAACGCGAAUGGAUUCGUUUAUCACACGUUUGUCUAAACUGCCAGUGACCGAAUCAAGCCAGACCCAGCCAAGGGCGUGGGUAGGGAAUGGGUCGCAGACUUGUAUUAGCGCCAGUCACAUUGCUGUGUCGAGUCGCCUCGGGCACAACAGAGAAACCAGCCUAACUGUUUCUCGAGACACUCAAACUUCGGCAACUUGGAACAAUCACGGCGAUAUAUUUCCACUGGCAAACAAGACUGACGCUUCCGGACAGACCAGGAGGAUGUUAGUGACUCGGACGAGUGUGGGCGGGUUUUUCAAAGUCGUUGAGAUGAAUGACCAGGAAGAGGACAACUUGAAGAUAAUGUCUCCUGGGCGUUUUACAAAGUCUGCCUGGAGGCAAAGCGAGGUCUCCAUCAUAGACCUUACGGUAGACGACGACUAG